GAGUGUUAUGUGUGCAGCACGUGCAAGGUUUAUUAAUCAGGAUCAAAAAAUAUUUAGAAGACGGAGAGGAUUAAUCAUUAGAAACCAGAUUUAACAGUAAAAGUAAAGUUAUGGAUACCUCGACCGAAGGUAUGAACGAAUCAAUGGCAGAUGAGAGUGCUAGGCUUUCAUACAGCGAACUUGCCAAAAUGGUGAAUGAAAUUGCUAAGCCUUUGGCUGCGAGAAAGUUAACCAAGACGUUACGUAAAACGGCUAAGAAAGCUGUAAAAGUUAAAGCAGUGAACAGAGGCGUCAAAGAGGUGACAAAAGCCCUUAGGAAGGGUAAAAAAGGAAUUGUUAUUUUGGCUGGUGAUGUGACCCCCAUUGAUGUGUAUUCACAUCUGCCAGUGAUGUGUGAAAACCGGAGUAUACCAUAUUGUUAUGUUCCAUCAAGACAAAAUCUUGGACUAGCUGUUAAUUCGAAAAGGCCGACAUGUACUGUGAUGAUCCAAUGUCACGAUGAUAUCAAAGACGAAUAUGAGAAAUGCUUUGCUGAAGUAAAGUCAUUACCGUUACCUUUGUAAAUUGGCUCGUGUUGUUCAUAACUAGAUUGUUUUAUUUCGAACGUGCAUGUGUAUAUUUAUAGUUUUGUAUAAAAGGCGUAAAUUCUUAGGAGUGAAAUUAUUAUUGCCCAAAAAAAUCGUGUGGUUCCUGUUUUCUGCAGCCUCCUCCGCAGGCAUACCUCUUAUGUAUUUAUAUUAGUUAUAUUAGCCCAAGCCAAAUAUGCAUUUUUUUAAUACAUAAGAGAUGCCUGCGGAAGAGACUAGGUUCUUCAAUCUCUGUUGGUGACAUCAGCCCGUGGACGUAAAAUGAUUGCCUGUUUGGAAAUAUUUUCCAUCCCACUAGGACCAUAUCAUCAGAAAAAUAUGGAAAAAUUUUUAAAUCAGUUGACUCAAAAUAAUGCUUGGACAGAUGGUAUUAGUAAAACUACAUUAGUGAAACUACAUUCCCGGCGUUACCAUCCUAUACACAUUAACCACGCUUGCUCUUGUCAGCUACCUCUGGCUCUGUA